GCGAGAGUCGCGAAAAGAAAAUGUGACGUUUGUGUAGAAGUGAUUCAAUAUUUUGACAAUUUGAACAGAAUUCUCCAUGUUAUUUAAUUGAAAAGUUGAAUGACAAAUACUACGGGCGCGAAUUCGUUCUACAAGAGCUUUAUAUUCCCCAACAACCAACCCAUUCUAAUAUUCCUUGAGAAUUUCCUCUAACGAGCUGCUGUUAUGACAGACAGCAAUCUCUACUGAUCUCCUGGGCUUAUUUAAAUUUCUUUCGCUUUAUUUAUCGACUUUCAUCCAAGAAAAAACCACGAGUUGAAGAACAGGAUGGGAAGUAAUCAUCUAUACAGUCUUUCGUGGGGAGAGUUUGGAAGCUCUCUUGCUACUGCUGCACAAUUACUUAGGGGUCAUGGGGAAUUAGUUGAUGUUACUUUAGCUGCUGGUGGAAGAAGUUUUGCGGCACAUAAAAUUGUACUUUGUGCCGCUAGCCCAUUUUUGCUUGACCUGCUCAAGAGCACGCCUUGCCAACAUCCUGUUAUCAUGCUGGCUGGAAUUGGAGCAGAUGACUUAGAAUCUCUCUUAGAAUUCGUUUAUCGAGGCGAAAUUAGUGUCGAGCCUUCUCAGUUGCCGUCACUGCUGCAGGCAGCCCAUUGCCUCAAUAUUCAUGGAUUAACACCACCUACCGUCUUGACAGAGAAUGGAGAGGAAAUUCCCCUAUCUGCCAUUCCUGCAGCCAGCGAAGCUUUGGCACGUGAUGUUAUCAAUUCAUAUUUGCCACUCAGACGAAGAAAAAGACGCACGAAAUCUUCUUCUUCAUCCUGCAAGUGGCCCAGAACAGAUGAUAAUCAUGAUACUGAAAAUCGCCCACUUGAUGGACAUAAUCAGGAAAGCAGGACUAUGGAUUAUGAUCGUAAACAUGAUGACAGCAGCGGUAAUCACGGAGAUGAUGCAGUUAACGAACGUUCGGAAUAUUCUAAUCACCAUGGGUCUCGUUCGCCACAACCGCAUCAUUCAGUGCCACUAAUCUGUGAAGACUCUCACGCCGCUGCUAACCAGGAUUUGCCGGACUCUGAACCACAUCUUCACACAUUAAUGCCGAUGCAGCAAUAUUCUCCAUUGCACAUACCCUCUUUUCCAAGUUCUCUCAACAUUGGCUUACCUCCUAGUGUUCCGAUCCCCAUUACUUCCUCAGCUCCUGGGUGCGCCUCUGUAAACGCCAUGAUGUUGGGUGCAUCCAAAAUACGAGGUGCUUCCGAUUGUCCAGGCGUUUGCCCCCUCUGUGGGGCAACACUUCGACAGGCUAGAAAUUUGAGACGUCACCUUCUGUCUUCGUGCAAAUAUCGCUUCAAUGCUAACACCGGGCAGCAUUCGUCGUCCGAUCCAAUGAUCAUUGAAAUUAAACCUGAACUUGAAAUUCCGGGGUAUACUGGACAUUCAGUUAAUUAUGGAACUGACAGUGGAAGCAGUGGUUGCGAACAAAUUGAGUGUAAACCAAGUCCUCUGCCUUCUUCUUCGCCCCAUGGGUCUUUAGUAUCACCCCAUGGAUCGAACAUGGUCUCUCCGCACAGUAAUAUUUCGUCACCGACCAUAGCCAGAUGAAAUGAACUUUCGCGAUAUGAAGAGGAUGAAUAAAUUAUGAGCUCCAAGUGGUACGACGAUGAUUAUACAGAUGUAAAUUUUUACAACAGUUUUUGAUUUAAUUCAAGGAUCAACUGCAAAAGUUGUUUGUGAUUUUUAAUCGGUUUUAAUGAUGUCUCUUCCAUUUACCGUUAUCACUAUUAUUAUUGAAAUAAUGAAUGCAUGGGAAUAUUUAGUUGGUAGUCUAAUAUUUAGGAUAGGCUUAGGUUAUCAAAUUCACUGCCUCUUGUAUCGUAAUGCAAUCCUGUACUGAUUCCAAAUUGUAUUUACGAUAUUACGGCUCCGAUUUUGAGUCUCGCAUUAGGAGCCUUGCGCAGGCUGAUUCAUUGCUACGGAAAAUAUAUUUGAACACCUGAUUGUCUAGUGGCAUAGGUAUUUUUAAUUCGUAAUCAAUGAAUUUCGCUUAUCAGGGAAGAGUUGUAAUUUUUUACUCUUAUAGUUUCUUCCAUACCUCUCAAUCAGCACUUAACUCACUUUUAAGUUUUUAUACAGGUUUGUUUUCUCAUGAGUCUUUAAAAUACGUAAUCUCUCCACACGACAAUGCCUAUUUUAAUUUAAGCAUGUUCAUCGUAAUUUUACCUUGUUUUACGCUGACAAACAGACAGUAAUUACUCUACUUAUAGAAUAUUAGAGUAGGUUUAAGAUAUGUACAUUGUAUUAACAAUCUCAUGGUUUGUAAAUAAAAUUCCUAUAAUACAGAUAAAA